AUGCCAUUCAUGACAGUGGAGCCUGUGUGUUUUAUAUAUGAUAUUCGGCGUGGAAUUUGGCAGAGGCAGCAACUUCAACCAUAUCCUGACUACACACCUUUCGUAGCUCCAGCGGCAGCGAUCGGCUCGCGUAUUUACAUGUUUGGUGGGCGUCAAGUCAUGUCUACAACGUUGUCGAAUGAUGUGGUCGUACUUGAUAUAGAGACGUGGUCGUUCGAGCGGAUAAGAUUGAUGCGUGGGCAGGUGCCUCGACCUCGGCAUGAUCAUACCGUGGAUGUGUUGAACAGGCGAUACUUGGUUGUGUUUGGAGGUGCCUGCUCCAACUCGCCGGGAGAAAACGAUUUGCAUCUGUUCGAUACCGAAACAAAUACUUGGAACGAACCUAGAACAGAAGGGCAGAUACCUCCAAUUCGGUUUGGACAUGCAUCUGCGGUGCUCCAGGACGAUCUGUACAUCUUUGGCGGGUGCCAAAUUCAGCCCGAAUGGAAUAUGGUUCACGAUGUGCUGUAUCGCUUGGACACGGAGACAUGGACAUGGUACAAGUACGAUCAUCCAGAGGCCUACUCGUAUCGCCGCGGAGAUGCUGUGAUGAGAUCUGAACCGAUCGCCGACUCGCUACGGCGUGAUCUGAUCCUGGAGACGACUGGAAAUCCGCCACGCGAUCGAUUUUAUUGUACAAUGCAAGCGAUCGGAUCACACAAGCUGGUUGUAUUUGGUGGUCAAACAGUACGCCAAGAUCGCGAUGAUAAUAACAUCCUCCAUGCACACUCGCUACGAUCCAUCGAUGUGUUCAAUAUCCGCCGGAAACACUGGUCUGCAAUCUCAACCACAUCUUUUGAUGGCGAGCACCAUGCCUAUCCGCAAGACUUGACGUGUUUCAUGCUCUCCGACAAUCAACAAGACGGAGGAUAUAGUUUGCUUUUGAUCGGUCAGCAAAAGACAUUUUCCUUGUCCACCGGUGAUUCUUCGUCCGGUGCCAGCAGUGGAGAGUUGUAUCAACACACCGGUUCGACACCAUCUACAGGUGGGGGCUCGCUCACACACAUUUCGCCACCUAUGCGGCCUCAACCUAUGGCGGCUCCGGAGCAUGAUACGUACUCUAUAACGCCUCAUCCGCCAACAACACGUCAACCGCAACCACCGUCAUUGAUGCAUGCACAUACUUCCUCUGAACCGUCAAACACAACACGCCAUCUUGUUUCGUCUUCUUCUUCAACAGCAACAGGAACAAUAGCAACAUCACCACCAUCGCAUGUCCACCCUUAUGCAGCAUAUAUCCCGGCGACACACCACCAUCACCACCAUCAUCACCAUCAUCACCAAUUUCGACAACCGUCUUCUGGAGGUACCGAUGCUUUGGAUCAGCGUACACGUCGUGCACAUAGUAGGCCUGUGACAGAUUAUGAGGGAUUUUUGGAACACAUCAACGCGUAUGAGGAAUAUAUCCAAAAUCCAUCAGCAAGGAAUCGUGGAUCACAACAAAGUGGAAGUAGUGGGGAUUCACUAGCAAGUCAUUCACUUCCUGCACCUUCCUCUUUCUCUGCUCAUCCCAUAGAGUCUGCAACGACGACGAUGGCGACGCUACAGCCUCCACAUCCACCAGUAACAACAGCAAUACCGACGAUGCAAGAUCAUCCUGUAUUUUCACCAAUAUCUGAAGGGGACAUGGGCGAUCAGAGCGGGGGUAGCAGUAGUAGUAGUCAUAGGCAACAUUACAACAUUGAGCCACUUUGCAUGAUGCUGACUUUGGAUCGCGAAUAAAAAAAGUUUCGUUGCUGUUUUCAUUAUGUAUUUGUUUGUUUGGAUGUGCA